UCAUACAUUUAUAAUGAAUUAUCUCAUCGUUACUUUUAGUAUCUUUUUAUUAUUUCAUAGUUCUAUCAUGGGGUUCGACUAUUGGAAAAUUUCACAAAUUUAUCCACCAGGUUUUUGUUAUCUUAAUAAUAGAUGUAUGUCGUCGUCAGUAAAAUCAACGAAAUUUACUAUACAUGGCUUAUGGCCAUCGACCAACGCUUUUCCACAACCAUUCAAUUGCAGAUUAGACGGAUUAAAUCUUUCUGUGAUACAAAAUAUGAAACCUCGACUUCAACAAGUUUGGCCAAAUUAUUUUUCUACGAAUUAUACUCAGUUUUGGGAACAUGAGUGGAUGAAGCAUGGAACGUGCUCCAAUAUGCAGCAGUUUGAUUUCUUCAGAUUGACAUUAGAUAUCUAUGCAAGGAAUGAUCUUGAAGCAAUACUUAUAAAUGCGGGUAUAUCACAUGGUAAGCCAUAUCAUAUAAAUGAUAUCAUCUCAGCCAUACGCAACUCAGCUAUAGGUGUUGAGCCAGAACUACACUGUGGAAGAAGUGGACUUAUAUUUGAAAUAAGGAUAUGUUUGAACACAGACCCUAUCCCCCAGUACAUCAAUUGUGCUUCACAAGGAACCUGUACUUCUCCUGUAAUGUUUAUGUAAUAUUAUAUAAUAUCAUAUAAUAUAAUUAAUGAAUAAUUAAAAAAUUAAAAACUAUAUGUUAUAGUUUAUUUUCUGUUUGGACUGGGUAUGCUGAGAUCAAUAGGCUACCCUCUUUAUGUUGUGUUGUACGUGACUCAUAAAU